GCCCCCGUGGAUACUCCGGUUGCUGCGGCACACAGCAAGCCUCUUGCUGCCUCCGCCAACAAUGUCCGGGCGGAUUGCCAUCCACCGGCCGGUCGUGCUUUCGUUCGUGCCCAACCGGACAAGUUUUGUCCAAGCGGUGGUCAACCGUAUGGAUCAUGCAUUAAUGGAUACUGUUCGCCGGGAUAUCAGUGUAUCCAGUCAACUGGUAUGUGCUGUCCAGUCGCUCAACAGACCUACAUACAGAGCUGUCCAAUGGGUGGUACCGCAAUGGGCAAUUGUGUUAGCGGUUCUUGCAGCCAGGGUUACACAUGUAUACGAUCAAUUAAUCUCUGUUGCCCAUCGACAACGACCAAUCCGUUUGUUUGCCCUGAUGGAACUCAAGCUGUUGGAGGUUGUAUAAAUGGUCAAUGUGGAACCGGAUUUGUAUGCGUAAAUGGCCUAUGUUGUAACAACACUUCACAAAGCCCUCGAUGCUUGGAUGGCAGUCAAGCUGUCGGUGCAUGUAUUAAUGGUAGAUGUGGUACCGGUUAUGUAUGCACCACAGGAAAUAUCUGUUGUCCAUCAAGUCUUCUCGCAGCAACUUGUCCUGGCAAUCUACCAUCAGUUGGUCCUUGCGUUAACGGUGCUUGUCCUGGUGGAUACAGCUGCACUGCCAGUAACAUUUGUUGUCCAGCAACUUUCUCGUCAUUCUCCUGUGAACCAAACGCUGCUCGAAUUGGAUCAUGUAUUCAUGGUGCAUGUGCUCCUGGCUUAUCAUGCGAUACAAGUAUUGACCAGUGUUGCCCGACCGGAGCAGUUUUGGACGAAUGUGUCCCAAAUGCAGCGGGUGAAAAUAUUUGCCCAACUGGUUAUGUCUGCUAUCCGUCGGCUACUGAAGCUGCUCAUCUUGGAGUCACGCAGAUGUGUUAUGAAACUUGUAACGGCAAUCAAGCACUCGAAAUUGGACCUGCUUUCAACAAUCAAUGUCCGCCCGGUUCAUCUAAUAUCCUUGGUGUCUGUUGCCAAAUUCCUCGCCUUCACCGUUCUCCAGAAAAAAAAUCUGCAUUAAUGUCCAGUUAUUCUGAACCCCUACCAGGUGUAAUGCAUAUGAACCCACUUGGAAGUUGUCCUGGUGGAUCGGCUGCAGUAAGCGGUUGCAUGAACGGCUUAUGCGGUGCCGGCUUCGAGUGUAUUAACAACCUUUGCUGCGCUGAAGGAGCUAGAAACGCUGUUGUUUUUGCAGCGUCAGCAACACGACCAAUCGGUGCUGCAUGCGAUUAUUCCGAGCAGUGCGUUGGAUUUACAGAAGGUUUGUCAACUUGUGAAAUCGGUAACUGCCGUUGCCUACCGAUUGCGUAUACGCAAGGUAUUGCCUGCGUACGACGAAGAGCCCUCAGUUUCAAAUUCAAUGACGCAGUGCCGGAAGAGAGACCAGAAUCCAACACAACAGAAACAAAUGCGACUACAGAAGCUGCCACAUCGUCGGCGAAAACAACUGAAGAACAGAGGCCAUCCGAAGGCUAA